AUGAAUUAUAUUGUCAUUGAUACUCCUGGAUUGUACGCGCAGCACCGUGGUGAGGUUCCCAAGCAGCUCUGCGUCGACGUUCAGAUUCCGGCGGCGUUCGGCGGACACGGUGGUGGCGCCCUCUACAUCGACACGGAGGGAAGCUUCUACCCAAGGCGCGUCGCGCAGAUGGCUGAGGCCGCCGUCGCUCACUGUCGACACAUCGCCGAGACAGAUGAUGCCCCGGGACAGAGAGAAGCCAUGCAGGGAUUCACCGUGGAAGCCAUCAUGUCGCGCAUCCACUACAAGCGAUGCAGCGACCACGACGAGCUCACGGCCGCAGUACGAGUGCUCCCUGCCUUCCUCCGCACUCAUCCCACGGUGAAGCUGAUCGUCAUCGACAGCAUAGCUUACCACUUCCGCUACGACUUUGACGACUUCGCUCUGCGAAAUCAGUUGCUAGGACGCAUCGCCCAGACGCUCCUGCGCCUAGCAACGGAACGCGAUCUCGCGGUGGUGCUGACUAACCAGAUGACGACCAAGUUUUCCGACGACGGACAGUCGUUCUCCGUUCCCGCGCUAGGGGACGCCUGGAGUCACGCCAGCACUGUGCGCGUCAUCCUGUCAUCCGCAGGCACAGUCAGACGUGCUGCCCUCUACAAACAUCCGGCGCGCGGCGAGGGAACAGCCUGCUAUCAGAUACUGACGGAAGGCAUUCGAGACGUUGUCGAUUCGCCGCCGUCGCCGCCCGGUCACGCUGGGGAUCGACCGGGGUCAGGAGGUCAAGGUCGAUUGCGGUCAAGAGGUCAAGGUCGGCCGGAAUCUGAAGGUCAAGGUCGAUCGUGGUCAGGCGGUCAAGCUCGACCGGAAUCAGAAAGUCAAGGUCGUCCCGGGAAGCGGCCGCGGCUGGACGACUGUUGAGGGUGUCUGACCGCUGAGUGUCUAGAGAGUCAUGCUUCCUCCUCCUCCCCCUGUUCCCCCUUCUUCUGCCCCGCCCUCUCCUGCCCCGCCCGCUUCCCCACACCGCCCUGUUUUCUGCGACGACGCAUUUUUGUAGCUCUACGACUUUCUCGCGCGAAACGUCGGUGCUCGACCCAGACGCGUGCUGCGAGGCGGGAACGCGAAACAAGCGAGCAGCCCGAGUGAGUGCGACGAUAAACGAUUGCAUCGUUCGUCGCCGACUCGCGCGGCGUUACGUGAUGUGCCGCGUCGGAGCAUUACAUGAUGUGUCGUCUCACAGUGUUCCGUGGUACGCAAUGACAUGGCAUCUCAUAGCACACUGGCGAGUGAAAGAGAGAUAGAGAUAGAGAGAGAUAGAGAGAGGAAGAGAGAGAGAGAGAGAGAGAGA